AUGUCCGGCGUAUGGUUGUUCGGCAAAAACGGCGUCACACGGCUUAUAAGCUACCCAACGAGGGAAUCAUUCGAGCAAAAAGAGCCACCUUUUCCACCAGGGACAGCCACCGCUCCCGGCGCUCGGCCACGUGUCCUGGUCUACCUUCCAGACAACCAAGUAAUCCGCUCCUACGCCGAACUGGAGGUUAGACUCGGAGAACUCGGUUGGACUCGUUACCACAACUCAAACAGACCGGACCUCCUCCAAUUCCACCGCUCCCACGCCUCUGCUCACCUCAUAUCUUUGCCUAGCGAUUUCGCCAAGCUCAAGCCUCUUCACAUGUAUGAUAUCGUCGUCAAAAAUAGGUCUUUCUUUCAAGUUCGGGACUCACCACCGGCCACUUCAUCAUAA